GAGAGAGAGGCGAGGUGUGCGCGUGAGAGAGGCGCGAGGAGAGUCUCCACCACCACUAGCCCGCUACAGUCAGGCCGGGAACCCGCCAGUCACUGCCACCGCCGCCUGCCGCUCCGCCGCCUGCCGCCGCCACCACUGCUGUCCCAGCCCCGCCACGACUGCCGCCCGUGGUGGUGGCCGCCCUCACGUGUCCAGUGUUGAUGGCCCGCGCGCCCACCUCUGCCCACCCCGCCCACCAGAGUGUACGCGGUGGAUGAGGUGGAGGAGGAGGUGGUGCAGGUAGUGAGGGGGCGGGCCCCCCUGUGUGACAGGUGCCAGUGUCGCUGUGUGUGCCGCGCCGCCCACAUGGUGUAGUGGUGACAGUGUAGAGUGGCCCGGGCCGCACUUUAUGGUGGCCACAGACGGCUGAACACAUCGCUAUAUGCCCAUCAAGACGGGUCGACGCAAGCAGCCCGUCACCACGGGGUUGGGGGCCCCAGGGGACCAUGACGGCCUGCCCCCACCCCCGCACAUGAUGACCGGCGCCGUGGGCCCUCAGGGUCCCCUUAGUGGGGACACUGCCCCCGUGGGGCCGGCCAACAUGCCCCAUGGUCCCCAGGGACCUGUAGGCCUCGGGGCCCACCCGGGCCAUGGUCCACCUGGAGGCCCUGCUGCCUUCCUCCAUGGUCCAGGGGGACCUGGAGGACCAGUAGGGCCAGGUGGGUCAGGGCCUGGGCCCGGUGGCCCGGGUAUGCCUAGUGGUCCAGGCAUGCCGGGUCAUGGUAUGCCCAACGGCCCCCAGGUCCCCUCAGGCCCUAGUGGCCCUGGCCCGGGAAUGAUGCCGGGCCCGGGAGGCCCCGGUGGUCCAGGUGGACCUGGUCCAGGAAUGCCAAUGCAUGGUCCAGGUGGACCUCCAGGUCCCAUGAACCCCGCCUUCUUCAGUUUUCUAUGUCCAAGACGCCACACGCCGUACUUCGGGCAGCCCGACUACCGCCUGUACGAGCUCAACAAGCGGCUGCAACAGAGAUCGGAGGAGUCUGACAAUCUGUGGUGGGACGCCUUCGCCACCGAGUUCUUCGAGGACGAUGCCACUCUCACCCUAACCUUCUGCCUUGAGGACGGGCCCAAAAGAUAUACAAUUGGAAGGACCCUCAUUCCACGAUACUUUAGAAGCAUAUUUGAAGGUGGUGUUACGGAGCUAUAUUAUUCCCUCAAACACCCUAAAGAGUCGUUCCAUAACACCUCCAUCACCCUCGACUGUGACCAGUGCACAAUGGUUACUCAUCAUGGGAAACCUAUGUACACAAAGGUCUGCACCGAUGGUAGACUUAUUUUAGAGUUCACAUUUGAUGACCUGAUGCGAAUCAAGUCAUGGCAUUUUGCCGUCCGUGCCCACCGUGAGCUCAUCCCUCGGUCUGUGGUGGCCAUGCACUCGCAACAGGACCCGGGUAUGGUUGAAACAUUAAGCAAAAACAUCACGCGGCAGGGCAUCACUAACCACACCCUAAACUACCUCAGGUUAUGUGUGAUUUUGGAGCCCAUGCAGGAGCUCAUGUCACGCCACAAAGCUUAUGCUCUCUCUCCCAGAGAUUGUCUUAAGACUACACUAUUCCAAAAGUGGCAAAGAAUGGUUGCACCACCAGGUGCAGCUAAUCAAGCAAAUGGUAAAAAUGGUGCCGAUGGAGGUCUGGUACUCAAGACUUCACCAAACUCAAAGACCCAGCGUGCCCCUAAUAAACGGCGGAAGCGGAAAGGUUCACAGUCGGGUCAAAAUGCAACUGCAAACUCCACAGGCUCAAGCAAGAAAAGAUCACCGGGCCCAAACUUCAGCCUCGCCACUCAAGUCUCC